AUGAGCGAAGAGAGUCCGCAUCGAGGGCAGGAAGACAGUACUUGCAGCGCUCCUCCAGCAAAGCGCCCGCAUGACGCUUCUCAUCACGGAGACAAUCUGUCUUCUACCUUGGUGGAUCUCAACUCCUCCACAGAUCAACAGACUAUCGCGACACUGGAAUCGCCACAGCACGUGAAUGGCAGUGGCAAUGACGUUCGACCAGUUGAGACCAGCCGUGUGCACCGAGAGGGCUCCAAUGUCGAAGACGAGCAGGCUCAACAUCUUCUUCCCGGGAUUGUCGCUACCCCCGAAAACGUUCCUCUAUGGGCGGCGAGCCCAGAGUCUUCAUGGAGUAACCCUCCGCUCUACUCUGCAGAAACGGCUUCACUGCUUUGGCUGGGUCUUCUAUCCAGUGAUGCAGCAUCUUUGAGUGUCAACCAAACGACUCGGAUCCCAGACUUGCUCAAUCAACCUUCUGCCCCGAGUGCAGAGUGCGCUUCUGCUGUUGUGCAAGGUUGGGUGCAGAACGAUGCGAGUGGCCUUGAAGAUGUAGCGGAGAGUGAUGAAAUUGACCUCGAGGAGGACAUUGUGCUGGAACCCGACGAAGUGAUCCUGUUCCGACACUUUGUUCACGUCUUGAGCAUGUGGAUCGACAUCACCGACUGGGAGAAUUCUUUUGCCGUGAGAGUUUCAAGUAUGGCGCUACGAAAUGUAGGCCUCAUGAGGGCCAUCCUCGCUUUAUCUGCUCGUCAUCUGUCUGUAUGUCCCCUGUUUGCUCACUUGAGCGAACACUUCCCAUCUGCCGAGACCCUAGGUGUCAGAUACUACCACCAGACCUUGCAGUAUCUUCAGAGAGCUAUGCAACAUCCGCCUUACCUCCGUAGCGAUCAGCUCCUUGCCACUGUACUACUGAUUUCCACCUAUGAGAUGCUUGAUACCAACGGGCGAGACUGGGAGCGUCAUCUAAAGGGAGUUUUCUGGAUUCAACGAUCGCAGCUCAUUCAAGGCGAGUCAGGCGGAUUGAAACAAGCGAUAUGGUGGGCGUGGCUACGGCAGGACAUCUGGGCUGCGUUCAAAGACAGGCGCAAGAUCCUGAGCUUUUAUGUUUUGAAGAGACCCUGCUCUGAGCUAGGUUUCUGGGAACUUGUCAACCGUUCUGUAUUCUUGCUCGGACAGUGCGUCAACUACGCGAGCGAAAAGGAGGUGCAAGCUGGAGCGAUUGACGUUCAGGCUCGCAUAAAUCGUGGAGAAGAGUUGUGGUCGAGUUUGGAAGAGUGGAAGACUGGCUUUGCGCAGCAUGAUCGUCGACUUCCAACCGUCUCUGCAGACGACUUCCCUUUCCAGCCCAUCUGGAUCAAUCCACCGGCCGCAAGUCUUGCUGUUCAAGUGCACCACUUCGCCCGGCUACUGCUCUCAAGCAUGAUGCCAGCCCUUGGUGGCCUUUCUGAGCUGAGCAAAAGGCGUGCAGCAGUGCAAAGCUGCGCAGCCACCAUUUGUGGCAUUGCCUACUGUACUAGGGAGUCAGCCGCUAUGAUCACGUCAACUGAGUGUCUGUACGCCUCUCGCCCACAUUUAAACUCCCAGGAUGAAGUCGAGGCAGUCAACAGCCUACUCCUCAGUCACCAAAAGCAGACGGGUUGGCCCAAUCACGAUAUUCAUGCCCAAGUGCGAGCAGAUGAUACUUCGCGGACGAAAGAUGAGUAA